UUGUCUCCGUCACCGGUGAGCUGUACACACACGUUUUGAACGAGGAUUUGCAUUCGCAGCAAUUGUUGGAGCCUAGUGGUUUCUAAAUAGUUUGAAAAAAAAUCUACAUAAUAUUAUAUUCAAAAAUUAAGUGUCCGCGGAAAUGACUACAAAACUUGUUUGUAGUUUCAGUGAACCGGCCAUCGGUGGCCUAAUAGUUGCUGAAUUGAUCAAGAGCACAAAUCCAAUAGAAAUUGGCUGGGGUAAUGAGACAUCUAUUACAUUUUCCAACCGGACAUUAGCUUGUGUGACGAAUAACGACGUUCUACGGUCGCUAGCUCGUGAUGCUCCGAAAUACGAACUUUAUGGCAAGACACCAAUCGAGCGAACCCAGAUUGAUCAUUGGUUAACCUACACUCUUUCGGUAGAGAAAGACCCGGCCGAUGAACUAAAGUAUCUGAACAAAUGCUUGGGUCCAUUAACGUUUCUGGUUGCAAACCAUUUGACAAUAGCAGACCUAGCGGUUUACAAUGAGAUGUUCAAUAGUUACAGUGAGUUGGUAGCAAUUGGAAUUCCAGUACAUGUCCAGCGCUGGUAUGAAUUGAUUUCUGCUCAACCAGCUGUUAGAAAUGUGAUGCAAAAUUUGCCGAAAGAAGUUAAAUUAGGUAAGCGAAUGGUGCGAGGUGCAAGUGGGGAAAAAUCAACUGACAGGAAGCAAGAAGGAAAAUUCGUAGAUCUUCCGGGUGCAGAAAUGGGUAAAGUUGUAGUUCGUUUUCCACCGGAAGCCUCUGGGUAUCUGCACAUUGGUCAUGCUAAAGCUGCUCUUCUUAAUCAGUAUUAUCAGCAAGCGUUCCAGGGUAAAUUGAUUAUGAGAUUCGAUGACACAAAUCCAGCCAAGGAAAAUGUUCAUUUUGAAAAAGUUAUUUUGGAGGAUCUGGAAAUGCUGCAAAUUAAGCCUGACUUGUUCACGCACACCUCUCAAUAUUUUGAUGUGAUGCUGGAAUACUGUGAACGGCUGAUGAAGGAGGGAAAGGCAUACGUCGAUGAUACCGAACCAGAGCAAAUGAAGAAGGAACGCGAAGAAAGAGUUGAAUCAAAAAAUAGAACCAACUCCGUCGAAAAGAAUUUGCAACUGUGGAAAGAUAUGCUGAGUGGUUCAGUAAAUGGACAGAGGUGUUGUGUUCGUGCAAAAAUAGAUAUGUCAUCUGCAAACGGUUGUUUGCGAGAUCCUACUAUUUAUAGAUGUAAGAAUGAACCACAUCCACGAACCGGGACCAAGUACAAAGUGUACCCCACGUAUGAUUUUGCAUGCCCGAUUGUCGACGCAAUUGAGAACGUAACGCAUACACUUCGUACAAUGGAAUACCAUGAUCGUGACGAUCAAUUCUAUUGGUUCAUUGAGGCACUAGGGCUACGACGGCCGUAUAUUUGGGAGUAUAGUCGGCUGAACAUGACCAACACGGUUCUUUCAAAACGAAGGCUAACAUGGUUUGUCGAACAAGGUCUGGUAGAUGGAUGGGAUGAUCCCCGAUUUCCAACCGUAAGAGGUAUUCUUCGUCGAGGAAUGACUGUGGAAGGAUUGAAAGAAUUUAUCAUUGCUCAAGGAUCUAGCAAAUCGGUAGUUUUCAUGGAAUGGGACAAAAUUUGGGCGUUCAACAAGAAAGUAAUCGAUCCAAUCGCACCACGCUACACGGCACUUGAAAUCGAAAAUCGUGUGGUUGUGAAUGUUGCUGGGGCUAAACUUGAAGCAAUUCAAGUUCCAGUGCAUCCUAAAAAUACUACUAUCGGUAUGAAAACAGUAUGGCUUGGCCCACGGAUCCUGAUAGAUUAUGCCGAUGCAAAUGAGUUAAAAGAAGGAGAAAAUGCAACAUUUAUUAAUUGGGGUAACAUUAUGAUCAACAAAAUUCAUAGAGAUGCAAGCGGUAAAAUUACUUUGGUCGAUGCUAGUUUGAAUUUGGAUAAUAAGGAUUUUAAGAGGACACUCAAACUAACUUGGCUUUGCGAACAGAACUGUACGGAAUAUCCGCCCACAUUCUGCGUAUACUUCGACCAUAUUAUUAGUAAACCAGUACUUGGCAAGGAUGAAGACUUCAAAUCUCACAUAGGUCACCAAACAAGAAUCGAAGUUCAAAUGUUGGGUGAUCCUGAGCUCAAAAAGUUGCAGAAAGGCGACAUAAUUCAGUUGCAGCGUCGAGGUUUCUUUAAGGUAGACCAGGCUUUCAAGCCAGCUAGUGAGUUCAGUUCUGCCGAAACACCAGUGGUGUUGUUCUCGAUUCCCGACGGCCAUGCCAAGGAACAGCCAACAGCCGGGGCUCCGAAAAAAAGUGUCUCGGAUGGAAUGAAGGAUAAAAUCAAACAAUCUAGCAGCGCACCAACUCCAAAAGCAUCAGAUUUGAGCGUAAAUGCAAUCAAAGAGUCAAUUGUGCAACAGGGUGAAGAAGUAAGGAAGCUGAAGACAGACAAAGCUGCUAAGCCAGAAAUUGAAGCCGCCGUAAAAAAGUUACUAGACUUAAAAACUAAAUUCAAAGAAGUGGCCGGCUAUGACUGGAAACCAGAAGUAGUCACCCCAUCUAAAGGAAGUAGUGUUGAAAAUACGUCAACUGCAUCAACCGAAUCAAUUAACUUGAAAAUUACCAAGCAAGGCAACGUGGUCCGUGACUUGAAAGUUCAGAAGGCGCCUAAGGCGGACAUUGAUGCGGCGGUAAAGGUUCUCUUGGAGCUGAAAGCUCAAUAUAAGGUAAUUACUGGCAAGGAUUGGAAACCUGAAAUACUUCCAGCACCUAAAGCUGCAAUACAAACCAGCACCAAAUCUGCUGCUUCCAUUAAUGCAGACAUUGUGAAACAAGGAGAAAUUGUGCGUGAUUUUAAAGCAAAGAAAGCAGCAAAAUCAGAAAUCGAUCCGCUUGUGAAAGUUUUAUUGGAUCUGAAAACAGAAUACAAAGUUAUUACUGGUCAAGAUUGGAAACCUGGGUGUGUCGCGAUUACUGAAAAGGCGCCCGUAGAAUCGUCCAGUUCCGAAGACAAACAUUUCGACCUUGCCAACAAAAUCGCGGCCCAAGGGGAUAAGGUUCGUGUGCUAAAAACCAACAAAACCGAUAAAGCUACAAUAGAAGCAGAAAUAAAAGUGUUGUUACAAUUGAAAGCCGACUAUAAAUCAUUGACAGGAAAAGAUUGGAAACCUAUUCCUGUCGCAGUUGCACCUACUGUCAAAGUCGAUAAAGAAAAUAUGUCGCCAAUAAACAACGGAUCGACUCCUGCUUCUGAAAAUAAUAAUUUAAUAGCAAAGGUUAAUGCUCAGGGAGAAACAGUGAGAAAUUUGAAAUCUUCUGGUGCAUCCAAACAACAGAUUGAUUCCGCUGUUCAAGUUUUGUUGAAUUUAAAGGCGGAGUAUAAAAAGCUGACCGGAACAGAUUUUCCUGUUGGUGGUCGAGCACCGAAAGCAACUACUACCAAGAAAGAAAAUAAAAAAGAGGAGAAACCGAAACUGAAGUCUGAACCAGUAAAGCAGAAGGAUGAUUGCAGCGGUCCCAAGAAACAAACUCGGUUGGGUCUCGAGGCCACUAAAGAGGACAGUCUUUCUGAGUGGUACUCGCAAGUUAUCACCAAAGGUGAAAUGAUUGAAUAUUAUGAUGUUUCCGGCUGUUACAUCCUGCGUCAUUGGUCUUUUGCUGUAUGGAAAGCAAUCAAAGCAUGGUUCGAUGCUGAGAUUACGCGAAUGGGAGUAAAGGAGUGCUAUUUCCCCAUUUUUGUUUCCCGAGCAGCAUUAGAGCGAGAAAAAACACACAUUGCUGAUUUCGCUCCCGAAGUUGCCUGGGUUACCAAAAGUGGAGAUUCGGAUCUGGCUGAACCGAUUGCUGUACGCCCAACGUCGGAGACUAUUAUGUAUCCAGCAUACGCUAAGUGGAUUCAGUCGUACCGUGAUUUACCCAUUCGUUUGAACCAGUGGAAUAACGUUGUGAGAUGGGAAUUCAAACAUCCACAACCAUUCCUGCGCACUCGUGAGUUUUUGUGGCAGGAAGGUCAUACUGCAUUUGCCACCAAACCAGAAGCUGACGAGGAAGUGCUACAAAUACUAGAUUUGUACGGAAAAGUUUAUACCGACUUACUGGCCAUUCCCGUUGUGAAAGGUCGCAAAACAGAAAAGGAAAAAUUCGCUGGUGGGGAGUAUACGACAACCGUUGAAGCAUACAUUUCUGCUUCGGGUCGUGCAAUUCAAGGUGCCACAAGCCAUGGCUUGGGUCAGAACUUUUCUAAAAUGUUUGACAUUGUUUAUGAGCAUCCUGAAACGAAAGAGAAGGAAUAUGUGUACCAAAACUCAUGGGGCAUAACAACACGUACAAUCGGUGUGAUGAUCAUGGUACAUGCCGACAAUCAAGGGCUUGUGCUUCCUCCACGUGUUGCCUGCAUUCAGGUCAUUAUCGUUCCUUGUGGUAUAACCGCCAACACAACCGAUGAUGAGCGGAAGACAUUAUACGCCAACUGUAAAGAGCUUGAAUUGGCAUUGGUGGCGGCAGGAAUCCGCUGUGAGGGUGAUUAUCGUGAUAAUUACUCUCCUGGAUGGAAGUACAAUCACUGGGAACUAAAAGGAGUACCGAUUCGAGUAGAACUUGGAUUCAAAGACUUGAAAAAUAACCAGUUCGUGGCAGUUCGCCGCGAUAUUGGUGAAAAAAAAACUAUUGAGCGAAGCAAUGCGGCAGAUAAUAUCAAAUCUCUGUUGGAGACUAUUCAUAACAGUAUGUACAGUCGUGCUGAGAAUGAUUUACAAGCUCACGUGAAGAUUACCAAGAAAUGGGACGAAUUUCUUCAGUUUUUAGAGUCGAAGAACAUCAUCAUGAGCCCGUUCUGUGGUGAGAUUCCAUGUGAGGACAAAAUUAAAGGGGACAGUGUACGUGAUGAAGCGGAAGCCGAGCCAGGCGCUCCCGCGAUGGGUGCUAAAUCCCUUUGUAUACCAUUUGAGCAGCCAGCCAACAUCACCACCAGCGACAAAUGCAUCCAUCCUGCUUGUGGGCGAAGCGCAAGGUUUUAUUGUCUAUUCGGUAGAAGCUACUAGCGGAGUUUCGAAGCAGAACGUAACGCAAGCUUCCAUAAGAAUUAUUUAUUUCACCAGUGUUGAAGAUGUUUUAAACCUACGGUCACUGUCUAUUGAAUUAAACCGGAUAAAAAUAAUAGAAACUGUAGCUUAAGUUGCACAAUUAGCGUUGAAAA